UUUUUUUUUGUUAACUUUGUGUUUGUCAUUCUCUCUCUAUCUGAUCGUUAACAAUGUUAUUAAAUUGUUUAUUCAUCUGUUUUUUAUAUGUGUCACCUUACUUUACAUCUGUGGUUUAUACCCUGCAUACAUCCUCUUCGAGCCACAGACGUAAUGAUCAACAUAUUGCCGUACUGAGGUCAGCACCAGAACCUGGACUUUUUUCUUCCGACUCUAAACAAUCCCAACCAACCAACCAUUCCAUCCGUCUAUUUAGCUUUGAUGAUCACACUCAUAUUCUCUUGGGUAUCCGUCCAAAUGAUCAUGCUACUUUAUUGAAACGUCAUGAAAGAUCGAUAGUAUUAGAACCUAAUCACCUUGUCAAAAUCGCCUCUACCGAUUCAUCAUAUAACAACAAUAAUACAAGUAUGAAUGGUACUAUCAUGGGGCCAUACAGUGUACAAUUAGAUGUUCCAAGCUGGGGUCUAUCUCGAAUAAGUCAACGUCAAUUACCCUUAAUGAAUGCUUUUGGUUACCCUGAAGAUGCAGGUCAAGGUGUAGAUAUUUACAUUGUUGAUAGCGGUGUGGAUGUCCAUCAUAGUGACUUUGAUGGUCGUGCUAUCUGGGGAGCCAAUUUUGUAAGUGGAUCGCCUGAUGUAGAUGAAAAUGGUCAUGGGACAAUUAUUGCAGGUAUUGCAGCAGGUAAACACUAUGGUGUAGCCAAGAAAGCAAAUAUCAUCUCUGUCAAGUGCUUAGCAGCGAAUGGAACUAGUGAUGUUGGUACAAUUAUAGAAGGUCUACAUUAUAUCUUACAACGAAUUCAGUCUGGACCUCAGCCUCCUCGAGCGGUGAUCAAUUUAUCCUUGGUAGCUGAAAAGAGUGAGGCUUUAAAUCAAGCAACUGAUGCAUUAUCAAGAACUGGUGCCGUCAUAGUGGCUGCUGCUGGUAAUUAUCAUGAAAAUGAUAAUACUGCAAAAAGGAAUGCAUGUCUUUAUAGUCCUUCAAGUGCCUCGACCGUUAUAUCUGUUGGAUCAACCGACGACAAGGACAAUUUUGCCACUUUUAGUAAUGAUGGAAAAUGUGUUAGCAUUUUGGCACCAGGGGCAGCAAUUCUAUCUGACACAAUGGAAAGCAAUGCACCAUCAUCAUCAUCAUCAUUAGAGGUCAAGACGUGGUAUAGUGGAACUUCUUAUAGUGCACCUCAUGUAUCUGGUGUCCUUGCUUUACUUUAUAAUCAACAAACCAAUAGAAUAACAGCUCAUACCAAUGUGACACAACUCAUGUAUUCUUUGGCUACGCCCAAUUUGAUCAAGGACGUGACGCAAGAUACUGUCAAUUUAUUGUUAUUCAAUGGUGUGGAGACUUCUCAAAUGAGUUCCAUCAUGUCAUCUACCAAACAAAAAUCAUCUGCUUGUUCUCUUCAUUCAAUGGUUUUUUCUUAUUGGACGAUUCUCUUUCUCAUUAUUCUUGGUGUACUUUUUUAAUCUUUCUAUUGAAACUCUUUGUAUUCCCC